AUGCUAGAAAAUGUCGUGGCGUGGGUUUUGAAUAAUUAUAUCGGCGAGUAUCUCGAAAAUCUGAACACUGAUCAGUUAUCCGUUGCUUUAUUAUCAGGUAACCGGGAAGGUUUUGGGAGUGUUUGUUUAUUUUGGCGAUUUUUAGGACAAGUAGAGUUGGAAAAUGUGCCUUUGAAGAAAUCGGCGUUGAGGAAGCUCGAUUUACCCCUGGAAGUUCGGUCCGGACUUUUAGGAAGGCUGACUCUUUCCGUGCCGAUCACUCGGUUGCGGAGUGAGCCCUGGACCUUGAAAGUGAGUUUUCUAUAGUUUUUUGAAAUUUCUAUUUUUUCAAGCUCUGUGAUGUUCUCGUGAUUGUUGGGCCUCCAUCGGCUGAUAAACGAUACGAUGUUGAAGCCGUCGAACAAGUUGAGCAGCAACGGAAAGAACAAAUGUUGGGCGAUUUGGAGCAGAGACAUAAGGUUUUCUUGAACUUUUCGAAUAAUUUUUACCGAAUUUUAUUUCAAGUUAAAGUUUUAAUAUAAUUUUGAAUACACUGGUGAAAUUUCUGUCAGUAUUUUUUAUUUUUUCGAAAGAGGGCUAUUUUUUUUUUUAAAUAAAAGUUUUAUUUUUUUAGCGAAAUCUCAAAUCAACACUUUCUUGGUUGAUUUUUUUGCGUUUUCAAUUUUUUUGCCUUUUUUUCCUGAAUUAAUUAGGGACCAGCAGUUUUUUUGUGCAGGAAAUUGAAGUUGAAAUAUUCUUUUUCAAAGUAUCUUUUUAGCUUUUCAGAAAGAAUUAUGGUUCUCUUGUAAAUUUUUCUCUCUUUUUUUUAAAUUCUUAGUCUAACCGAUCUCAAAAUUUCUUGCUAAAAUAUGAUUUUCCAGACGGCUUUGCUCGAUUUGCUCGGUAUUCCGGCUCAAGAAUCGCAGGAUUCUUGGUGGGGCGCUUCUUUAAUAUCUACGGUUCUCAAUAAUAUACAGGUUUUUCCUUUGAAUAUUUAUUGACACAUAUUUUUCUCCAUAGAAAAAAAGUUUCCUUUUGAUGUGUUUCAUUCGAAAAAAACCUUAUUUAAAAAAAUAUUUUUUUCGCGACAAAAUCAAAGCAAGUUUCCGACGUUAUCAAGCUUAAGAUCUGAAUAAAAAGCCAAUGAGGCUCUUUCUCUUGAGAUUUCAAAGUUGUUGGAAUAUGUGUGUAGGAAAAGUGAAUACAGAAGCUUAUUGGAAAAAAAAACCUCCAAAGAAACUUGAUUUUCCAUCAUUUUUUUGAUUAUGUUAAAGAAAAAUUUUUCACAUUUUUUUAAUUAAUGCGAAUUUGAAAAAUUCAAACGAAAUAAUUGAAUUUUUCAAUUUCAUAAAAAAAUAAUUGCUCCCUGUUUCAAUGUUAUAAUUUAAAUAACAACUCUCUGCGAUUUUUAGUGCUUGAGUUCUCAGUUGCUUGAAACUGGAUCAAAAAGUUGGAUUGUUUGGAUUCUUGAAAUGAUUCGACAUAAUUUUUCCAUCGACUUUCUUGAAUUUUUGUGUAUAAUCCACAUUUUUUUCUUUUUUUGGAACGGCCUAGAGUCGGAUUUUUGGCAUCCAAAUUUUGUUUAAAACAUGGAUCGCAAUAUAAUUUUUUGAAGAUGUUCCUUUUUCCGAUUUUUGCGCUGGUUUUUCAUCAUUUUCCAUUGAUCUUCGAAAACUUUUAUUCACGUUAUCUUUUUUUUCGUUCUUAACGGCCUAGGGUCACAUUUUUGGCCGCCAAAAGCUGGAUUUGAUAAAAAUGGAUUUUACUGUAACUUUUCUUUUAACUGAUUUCUGGCAUUAAUUUGGUUUUUUCACAUCAUUUUACACUGAUUUUCGUUUAUUUUUCGUCUCAGCUUAUCCUGAACAACGUCCACAUCCGCUAUGAAGACGAUUCGACGUUGACCGGCGGCGUUCCUUUCAACGUCGGCAUCAGAAUUCAGAAAAUGACCAUGCAGACGACAAAUGCUCAUUGGGUGAAUAUUCCUAUGUUUUCUUGAAACAAAAAAGAAUUAAAAAAAAAUUUCGUCUAUAUUUUUGAAAAUGUGAUGAGAUUCCUGUAACGGGAAAGGGAUAUGAGCGAAAAAUAAUGUUUUUCUUCAUUAGACAAUGAUUGAGAAAAAGUUGAGAAUCCUUUGAUGAAAAAUGAUGAUAAAAGAAAAAAAAAAGAAAAAAACUGAUGUAAUUAUAUAAUCCUCUUCAUUUCCGUGGGUUUUUCUCGUACUCGUCUGAAAAUAAAUCUAUAUAUUUUUUUCAGAAGCCCGGAUUCGUUGAAUCGCGUGAUGGCGUCAACGUCUUCAAGAAGUUGGAACUUUCCGGUUUCAGCAUUUAUUGGAAUUCCAACACGAAAAUGUCCGAAGAUUACGAUAGUCCGAAGAAAAUUCGGGUUGGUUUUGAAAAUAAAGAUUUAUUAUUCUUCCAACAAGCUAUGAGACAGUGGUGGCUAUUUGAAAGAGAAAAAAAAAAAUGUUUUUUUGACUUUUUUGCAAUCGUUUAAACUUUUAUAGUUUUGUGAGAUUUGUGAUUUGAAAUUUUUGAGAAAUUCAAAAAAAUCGUCUCUGAUAAAUAGAUUUUUGCUACUUUUUGUGUUUUUUUGAGAUCUCUAGGGGUUUUUUCAAUUUUCAACUUUUUUUGAAUCGAAUGUGAUAUUUGAAGACAAUAUUUCUGUGUUUUUUUAUUUUUUUGCAACGAUUUUUUUGAGGAUAUUUUUAUGAUGUUUUUUUGUGCGAAAAAAAAUAUAAAAUAAAAUGGAUUUUGGGAUGAAAUUGACGCAAAAAUAUUUUUCUGCAUUUUUUUUCUAAUUUUGCGAUAUUUUCAGGCGAUUCUGGCCCCUGAAACCACCGACAACGCCUACAUCAUCGAACCUUGCAAUUCUGAGCUCCGAAUGGAGAAAAAUUCCAGCAAAUUCCCGCUAAAACAGAAAAUUCCUCGGUUCAAGGUUUUUUUAAAUAUCUUUUUUUCUAUUUCUAUGGAACCACGAAUAAUUUUUUGCAGUUUCACCAAGAUUUAUAUAAAACGAUCGAAACCGGUUUCUUUCUUGAUAAGUUUACUAUUGAAGUUCGAAGUUUUAAUGGAUUUUUUUUUUGGAAAAAUGAAAAUAGUCGCUCUAAUAUUUUUUUUGAAAUUCGAUCCUAGAAAUUUUUCAUUCAUUUAAUAAAAGAAAAGUAUGUAAAUUUUUUCAAAUUUUUUGCUCAGUGCUCCUUUGAAAAAUAGCUUUCAGAAGGGCCUAAAAAUUCAAAAUCGAUGUUUUUUCUUCAUGCCGUGUUCAAAGUAAUUUCCGCGAAAUGCAAAAUGAUCUCUGACUCUCCAAAAUUUAGUGAUCUUUUCCUUUCUCUGACAGCUAUUUUGAAUUUCGCGGAAAUUACUUUGAACACGGCAUCAGUAUAUCAACUGGUUCAACAGUAAUUGAAGUAUAUAAAAUUGUAAAAAAAUCACUAAUACUUUUGAAAAGUUAAAAUUAAUAAUUUUUUUGAAAUUUUUUUACUUUUGAAGAAGUUUCCUUCAUAAUAAAGUUGCAUGGGAAGAGGUUUCAAAAAUAUUUUUUUCAAUUCGAUAAACCGCUGGACAUUUUUUUAUUUUUUUGUCGAGGAUAUUUAAAAUUUCGGAGCUUAUCCUGAUUGACUGAGAUCAAAAAUCGAACUUGAAAAAAAUUAUAUUCAGUUCAUUUUUUGAACCCCAAGGGGUAAAUUACUUGUGAGGGCAAUUUGAACCUAGCAAGUCUCUUUUUUUUACCUUGUGGAGGAGUGAGAAUGAAAAAAUAAGUGUUCAGUUUUUCCUACGACCGGAAAUCAUCAAUUGCGAGCUGACGCGAAGGCAAAUGACCGAAUUACGAGCUUUGAACCGCGAAUGGGCGAGAUUUGAACGGGCCCGGGUCCAUCGGAAAUGGAGGCCUUUGACACACGUCGGCGGAAAGUCAGCACUUUUCAAUUUUAUCUCAUAUUACAGUUCAACUUCAUUUUCUUAUUCCCAAAAAACAGUUUUUAAGUCAGUUAAAUAGAGACUCCACAUUUUGAAAAUGGGCCGCCAACUUUGCAAAUAAAUUUAAAAAAAACGAAGUUGCUUCUUAUAAGCAUCCAUGGGAUGAGCAUAACUGGCGGAAGCCAGGUCUUCAAAAAAAAUAGCUCAAAAAAAAUGUUUAACUAAAAAAAAAAUCGCUUCUGCCAAUCAAUUGGACUUUACAAAACUAAUUUUUGAAUUUUUUUCGUCAUAAGAUCGAACCAGCGUAGUCCAGCUCGCACUCUGAAACUUUUUUUACGGUUUUCAUCAACCCUCCCCCCUCUUUUUUUCUCGCGCCAAGUCCCCUCCCCUUUUUUUCAGGUCCUACCGAGACUUUCCCAUGUAUGCUUAUAAGAAAGGCCAUUUUUGUAGAAAGUUCGAAAAUCUAUAAACAUUGUCAGUUUAUUUUUGAUUGUCACUUCCUUCAAAAAAAGAAAAAAAUAAGUUGUAAAAAAAGUUGCUGGGAGUUUUUUUUUCUUUUUUGAAGACAUAUUUCGUGACAGCUGAAAAGUUUGUGAUAGACACAUUCCAAUCUGGAAAAUAUUCAUUUUUCCACGUUUUUGCUGUUAAGUUAUAACGUAUAAGUUUGAGGUUGCGCUGAAAAUAAAGGUCUUGAUAAUGUUUUUACAAGAUAAAACUUUUUUUGAUCGCUGUAGUUCAUUUAAACUCGACGGGAACGUAGUUUAAGGAUUAAAAAAGUCGAUCUUUUUUUCGAGGUGAGACGCUUUAUAGUUAAUUACAUUUUCAAGAAAAACGCGGUAAUUUAAAAAUUUUUUUCAAACUGUCUUGAAUAUAAGAUCUAUUGCGAGAUCUUUUUUUCCCCUUGUUCUGAAUCCGGAGGUCUCAGAAAAAAACUGCUAGUUGUAUUUUUUUCGUUUUUCUUGUUGAUUUUUUUCAAUUUUAAGAAAAAAAGAAAUGAUGAGAGUUUCAGUGCGAAAGAAUGGUGGCAAUUCGCCUACGGCCGAAUAACGGAAGAAACUCGACGGACCAACGUCAGCAGCACUUGGGAUUUUGCCGCCGGCCGCGCCAAAUUCCUCAAUUCCUACUGUCGAGCCUACCGGCGACGUCUUCUCGGCCUCAUCAGUAAUCCGAACGCAAGGUAGAGUAGUGGGGAAACAUGAGGAAAACGUUCUUUAAUCGGAGUUUCUCAGUUUUGUCAGAACUACAUCCAGUUUCGUCUGGUAUUCAAAUUUUUCAUCUUGUAAGAUUUUCAAAAAUUGAAGUUUUUAUUUUUUCUUGAGAAAAAAGAUUGUAUAGCGAGCUUUUCCCGUUCAUUUUUUCUGUAAAAAGUUCGUAUACCAAAUUUGACCAAUCUUCGCUUCGAGACCUUUGUUUUUUUGCAGUUUUGUAGAACAAAAGUUCAAGAAAACCGAUUGUUACGGUAGUUUUAUCCCAGCUGCGCUUUCGAAAUGAGACUUUACUAUAUAGCCCAUUCCGCGCCAGCUUGUAACGAUUUUUACUAUUCUACGGCCUACAGAACCCUUCCCGUCGAAGCGCGGGGUCUGUCUCGGGGCAUGCAUGAGCAGAUACAAACCGCAGGUUCUGUAGCUAAGAGGUGAAUGAAAAUCGGGACAAGCUGGCGCAGAUUUAGAAAGUAGCUUUUUGAAAGCACAGUUGAGAAAAGGCUACCGUAAUAAAAGUGCUCUUUUGCACAAAAUUACAAAAAGAAAGGUCUUGAAACGAAGUUUUGUCAAAUUUGGUGUAAGACCUUUUCUACGGGAAAAGAAGGAGCCGGAAAUAUCUUCAAUUUGAAGCGAUGCCGUCGCGGAUCCGAGCGCCGCCGGAUUUUCGGCUACUCAAACCACCGCGAAUUCCAUGUCCCUGGACGACCGAACUACUAUGAAGCAAAUUGAACGCGAUGCCCAGUUUUCUUAUCAUGUUAGUUGUCUAUCUUGUGAUACGAAGGGGAACAUAGAUAUACACGGAAGAAGUAACAUUGCUAUCCCAAAAAAUCAACAGAAAAAAACAGAAAACAUUCGAAAACACCUUCAAUAGGCCCUUAAAAGACCUUCCUAGCGCCCUUUUAAUGACUUUUUAUAGAAUCGGUCAUUUUUAAAGAGUUGAAAAAGUGUUUAAAAACUUGGGCAAAGCUCAAAAGCACCUCUAAAGAAUGCCCUCACAAGAAAGGUAAUUUUACUAUGCGGUUGGGAUUUACCUGAAAAUUGGCCAGGAUACCCCUUGAGGUACCAAAAAAGAUCCUGAAAGUUUCAACCUGCACAAAUUCCUAGUUUUCGAGAAAGAAUACCUCGAAGUCGAAGAAAACACUCGAAAUCCGUUAAAAUAGGGGCUUUGGACCCUCAUUUCUCAAAAACCCGGGAGAUGUACAGGCUAAAAUUUCAGGAUAGUUUUCUGGUUCGUCAAAGAAUGUUUCGGCCAAUUUUCAAGAAAUUCCCAACCGCAAAGUGAAAUGAGAUCCCUUGUCAGAGAAAAAUUAACCAUAAAAUUCUACGUUUCAAAAAUCAAUUUUUUUAAAAAGGUUUUUUUCCAUAUACCGUACUUUCGUAUUAAUGGGAAAUUUAAGGGUUCAUCUCAAUUUUAAUCGAUUCACUACGGCAAAUCUGAAGUCGAAAAAAAGAAAAAAAUUUUACUGAUAACUUUUUGUUUUUUUAUUAAAUUAUUCCAUUUGAAAUCAAAAACUCUUUUUUUGAACACUGAUCAAAAAAAUCUAAUACACCGACGUUUUUAAAACGAAAAAAAUAUAAAAAUUGAACUAUAUUUUUUUCUCGCGCUCCAGGAGCUACAUCUGUUCCGGGAGAUGGUCUUCCGACGUUUGGUUCGGGAUAAAGAACAGGAAAUGGGUAUUGAAACGUCCAGAAAGCCCAGUCCCGGCAUGGAAGAUGAACAGUUCGAGACGAUCGAACCUCCGCCGCCUGAUGAGGUUUUUCAUUUUUUUUUCAACUCAAUGAUAGUUUUCGAAUAGAUGAACUUUUACACAGCGUAAAUGAGUUUCCAGGAGGUAAACUGCAUUUUUUUUUACUUUUUUUUACCACGUGCAUCCUAAAAGAUUAUCAUAUCCAUUAACAAAGAUUUAUUUUAUUGGUUUCGAAAGGUUUUAUGUCAUAAAGUUUACGGUGUGUAAAUGUUCAUUAAAGGUAUGUGACCGGUUAAAAAUGGGUUCAAAAGUGAUUUUGCCAUUUUUUGAUAAGUUUGAAAAGAUAAAAUUAUUUUGAAGCAAUAUAAACUUUUUUAUCUCAAAAUUUGAUAAUUUUUGAAAACCCACUGCUUCUUCUGCUGGAAAAAUUUUAAUUCGAAAGGCAUAUUUUAAUAAUUUGUUGGAUAAUUUGGAGUUUUUCGUAUCAUUUUUCCGAAUUUUGAGGUGUUGAUAGAAGACGUGUCUCUGCCUGACGUCCCUGCCGCUAGCGGAGGUCUCUACAAUUGGAUUACUGGGUUUUUCAGUCAGCAACCACUUGGUUUGAUCUUUUUCAGAUCAAAAAAGAAGUCGAAAAAGUUCAGAUGAAAAAAAGGACGAGAACGCUUUCGAUUUUGGAAAAAUCGACGUCUCGGAACUGAGAAAAAUGCCCUCGCACAUCAAUAUGAAGGUUUGGAAAUUAUUUAUCAUUUUAGGAUUUUUCAUUGAAUUUUUUUUCAAGUAAUGGAAUUUUUAAGUAGACUUUCAGUAAUUGAUAAUUUUAUUUGUUAUGUUUCACGGAACGAUUAUGUACUAUUUCUGAUCUCGAAAUUUGAUAAGAAAAUUAUAUAUAGUAUUUUUUUUUAAAAAAGGAAAUUCUUUUUGAAUGGUUAAAAAGGGUUGAUCAUAGGUUUUAUCUCAUUUUUCAUCGAUUUUUAUUCCAAAAGGUUGGAUUUUAAACCUUUUUUUUAUAGCUCUUAGGUUCAUAGAUUUUUUGAAAUUUUUUUACACAUUUUUUUAUCCCAUUUUCUCACUUUACGUCGAUUUUUGAUCAAAAGGUUGGAUUUUUUAGUUUUUUUUUUUGCGAGAUGUCUGUGGUUCUUAGAUUUUUUUUUUAAUGUUUUAGAGGUUUGCAAAAUCGAUCCUUUUUUCACAGUUCAAGUUCUGAUCUGCAUUUAGUGUAGAGAGAUUCUUCUGGUUCUUGAUUAAAAUAUUCUGCCUACAAUAAUUUUUUAACAAUACAAGAAGUGAGAAAAAUGUUUUUAAUAACCCAGAAUUCCACUUGAAUCCAAAGAUCUUUAUUUCCAGGAGAUGGAAGACGAAAUUUUGGACGUUUUGCACGAGUCUUGGGACGAUUCGACGCUUCUCAGACGCGAUUCUCUGCUGGCGGAGAUCGCCCUUCGAUUGGAUUAUUUAACUCUUCGAUUCGUCGAUUCUGUGGUACGAAGUUAACAGUAAAAAAUUUGCGGCUCUGGUUGAAUUUUUGAGGGAACUUGAGGGUACUUGAGGGCUGUUACCGAGACCAAAAAAAAAAUUGACGCUUUUUGCACUUGUUUGUGUGUAGUUUGCAACCUACAAGGCGUCGAAACUCGAAAAAACAAGAUCAAAAGCUCAAUCGAGGCUGAAAAAGCUCGCUUAUAAAGAAAAUUGAACAAUUUCAAGUCGUGCAACUCGGUGGAGCAGCAACGGGUUCUGGCGCUGCAGUUGAGAAGCGUCAACGCGAAGUUGGACGUCAGCCCGCGGGAACAUUCCCUGGGAGUCGAUCUGACCGUCCACGACAUGAGUGUCCAACGUCUUCGCACCGGUCUUCCUUCUUCUGCUGUUCGUUUCUGUCUGUCAUAUUACCCAUCAAGGAUACGCGGCAAUAGCUGCAGAAACGAACUGCAAUCGGCUUUAAGAAUCGAUUUUGAACAGUUUUUUUUGAGGAACUCCUGUCAAUAAGACAUGAAAAUUUUCGAAAGUUUCUUCUAACGCUCAAUUUCUCCAAUUUUUAAUAAGUUUCUGAUGGUUUUCAACUUUUCGCACCUCUUCAAAAAUGUUCAAAAACCGAAAUAAUGGCUGAAUUCCUGAAAAUACGCAGUUUUCGAGCUAAAAAUCAUCACUAAUCUCAACUCUAAAAGUCAGUUAACAACAUCGAAAGGUUCCAGCAGAGGAGUACGUAUUUUUUCAAGGAAUACGUGAUGACGUCACAAAAAUUGUUGUUUGACCCAUGUAUGUUUUCACUGAAAAUAAGUCUAUUUUGAAAAAAAAACCUUUAACUCGAACUCCCCUGGUGAAAACCUUAUGUAGGAUGGCCCAAAGCCUGUUUUGGAAGUUUACGCUUUCCGAUAGCCCUGCGCGUAAUUAAAUUCUGGUCGGAUGCAUUUUAAAGAAAUCGUUUUACAUCCGUUAGGCAAGAAAGUCUAAUUGUUAUGAGACUGAAAAAAUGAGAUGAGGUAAAUUGUUUUGUUUUUCUUCAUGGGAAAAAUCACAGGAUUUUUAAAAAUUUAUUUUUAUAGUUGGAGCCUCAGAAAAAAGAGAAUCCGGAGAAUUCGUUUUAUAUCACAAAGCCUGAUUUUCAGAACAAAGAUAAUCCGGAUAGUCUUCUGUCCGGUAACACGGAGAAAACAAAGGUUUUGUUGGCGGUUGGACGAUUUGACGACGGUAGAGAUGAUUCCAAGCUUCCGAUGUUCAGGUUCAAGCGAUUCUGGCUUCAAAAUAUGUUUUUUCUUGAUUCCAGCAUGCACUAUAGUCGAAAGUCGCCCAGAUUGAUAGUUCAUCACGUGGUGAAUUGUCGACUUCGGCCUGUUGCUGUUCAAUACGAAGAAGGGGCUCUUGAAGGCGUCGCCAACCUUUUUGCUGAUGAUCCUUUCAUUUAUACUGUCGUGAGUUUUGGUUUUUUGGUUUUUUCAGAGUAUGAUUGAUGAAGUUUGAUAUGAAAAAUAAUUAAAUAAAACGAAAAUGUUAUGGAAAAUGUAUCUCAACAGGAAAAAUAGAACUGAAUCUCAAGUUUUCAAUCUUGAUUCCAUCAAGGAAAGCCUCGAAUCUUUUUUUUUAAAUCUUGAAGAUCAUUUAAAAUGAAUUAAUGGAAAAUUAGGCAGGAAACUUUUUUUUUUACUCGUGCAAUGACUCAAGGUAUUUCGGACAUUGGUAACUCGAAUCAGACGAGUUGCGGCAUUUUUAGGGGCCUCUUCAGUAGCGUCAGCCUUCUUAAGUGAUCCCUAGAAUGGCUCAGAAACUUCCGGAGCAUGUCCGGUUCCGUUACUGAAGUCCGAGAUAGUUAUUGGGAUUCUAUCAAAGUUUACCCGACCAAAAAGCGACUUUCGCGCGCCGGCAUCAAAAGUCUAACAGUCGGCUACAUUGAAAAUGCAACUUGCCAAGUUCUGAAAAGAGAGUCAUUUUACAUGCGAAUGCAGGAAAAUAAUCAUCGAUAAAGUUGAAAAAAAAAAACACAAUUUUUGAUCAAAAAUCAUUGAUAUAUAGAAAAUGAAUCCUACAGAACUCGAAAAACAGCGCCGGCUCAACGAUCGUGACGGUGGCUGUAGAAGAUCCUAUCCCGAACCCUGGAACGACUCCAGAACUAUCCAUUAUCGAUUCUCAUGUUGUCGUCAAUUUGGAAGUUCCCUGGGUUGGUUAUUUAUUGAUUUUUUUGUAAUUGGAGGAUAUUUGAAAUUGAAAAAUAACGGUUAGAAACGUAGUUGAUAUAUUUUUUACGUCCAAAAAACUUUCCGAGUGUAUUGAAUCCGGUUUUUCAAUUUUUAAAAUCGAAAAUAUAAACGGGUUUCUAAGCUCCAUUAGGUGCAACACGAGCAAAAACUCGAAAGUGUUUUUUUAUGAAUUUUAUGAGCAAAGAAAAAAUUUCUUGAGAAAUCUGCCACAAAAAACUUCGAAAAAAGAAUUUUUUAAGCCUUUUUUGCGUAUUUUCGACUCUUUAUGGCAAUUCAUAGCGGAUUGUGUACAUGAGUGUUCGUUUUUGAGUUGUUUCUGAAAGAUUGAAGAAUAUCUGUAGUUUAGCCCCCAGACUUUAUAGGAUUUUAAAAUUUGAUGCUUUGGAGAUUCCAAGACUCUUCUGUUUCAGGUAAGAAUGACGGUUCACAGCUGCGGGUGGACUGACCGGUCACUAAGGCCUCUUGCAAAAUGGGAUCCUGGCGAAGCGAUCGCCUGUUUCAAUAUCGAACGUGUUAAUUUUGGAGUUAUUUCCAAGGAGAAACACGUUUCCAAGGUUUUUCUCCGCCUCAAUUCCUGUUCAACUGUGAGCAUGUAGAUCCAAGUGCACGUCGGACAUGUGAAUCUGGCGGAUUUGCUGGAAAAUACCGUUCAUCCGCUUCUAUCCACGUCGGCUCAUUCUACUGUUAAUCAGGUUUUUGGAUUUUUGCGAAAUUUGGUAAGGGUUUCAAGGUAAUAUUUGGAAAAAUUUUGAUGAAAAACGAGAUUUUUUAGGAAAAAAAUCUCGAAAAAUUUUUUAGCAUGCUUUUUUUGACCUAUAAAGGUUACUAAACAUGUUUAAUGAGGGAAAAAUUUGAUAGAAAAAGUUUUUAGGAUUACAAUUCGACAAUUUUUUUACAGUUUUGACUAUUGGUUUUUACCUGGUGAGGUGGCCGAAAUAGUUAAUCGGGUAUUUUUUUGUAAAUAUUGAUGAUUAGAAGUUUUUUUCAUAGUUUUUCUAUCUAAGGUAUUGAAAUUCCAACUUUUUUGUGUUUUUAUUAUUUUUCACAGGCGUGUUAGGCAAACUUUGAUAUCAGAUGUUUUUCACUCAAAAAAAAAUGCAUUUCAAUACCAAUAACGUUUUCAGAAGACCUCGUCGUUGUCGACAUCUUGCCCAGACCUUCAGAAAAACGAGAGAAGUUCUCAGAAAACGAAUGAUUCUGAAGGACAUGUGGCGUCGUCGUCGGUGCCUUCCGAAUCGUAUCUCGACAAGUUCUUGCAGGCUCAAGGUAGCUUUUCAAGUUUGAAACCGAAGUCUAAUGUCAAAAUAAUAAGGAAACAAAAAAGUGAGAUGAGAAACUGAAAAAAGGUUUUAGAACGCUUCACUGUUUCAGUUCAUAAACUCGACAGACGAAAAUCGAAAAUUUCUUAAUUGUGCAUGUUGAACUUCAAGGAAAAUAGAAUGGAAAAAAAAACAAAAUCGGAAAAAGGGUAUAGUGAACAGAGGGUUGAUAGAUUAUAAAAUCGAUAUUCACAACAAAAAUUUUCAAAGUUUAGUCUAUUUUCUUUCAAUCGAUAAUUAAAACCCUUUUCUCGAUGGACCAAUUUUAAAACUAAUGAACGGAAAUUCUUCAUGAUUAAGGAGGGGAAAGUUUCGAUAUUUUUAAUCAUUUGAUUUAGUUAUGAUAAUCAAACUCGGUGUUCCGAUUCUGGAGAAAAUCAUUUCAUUACUUUCUGAUUUUUAUUUCUGAAAAUUGGUGUGGAAUUUUGAGUCCCGAAAGUCGUGUGUUUCAGGGAAAAAAGCCGCAAAGUUGAAGCUCAAAUUUCCUUGAAACAGAUUGAAUUUGAACUUUGCGGGCGGCUAUUUCCGAGAAAAUGUACGAAACUUAAAAAGCGGAAUUUUUCCUGUUUUUUUGGCUGAAUUUUUUUAUACAAGAAGGAUAAUAUAAUUUUUAUUUUUAAAUUUCUUAACGAUUAUUUCGAGGUUAUUAGCUCAAAAAUAAUGAUAUGGCCAAAUGAUAUCCAAUUUUACAAAAUGAGUGAGAAAAAGUUUCGAAUGAUUGAAAAUACUUUUGAAAAUUGUAUAGUGAAAGGAAGAAAAAAUACGGUGCAAGAAGGCAAAAAAAAAGUCUUUAAACUAUCAAAUUUUUUCCGAAAAGAAAAUGAAGGACUCUCUUCCCGAGAAGUUUGAUCCCCAAAAAAAGCCUGUGAUUUUGGCUUCAGUGGUCCGAGUAAUCACAUUUUCAAAGGAGCAAACAUGUACAAAAUUACUCAUUGAGGCUGAAAAUUCAACUUUCUCUGCCCAUUUUCGGUCAUUUUUAAUUUUGAUAGUAGAAAAUGACUUUGUGGGCGGGAACUACAGUUUAUAGAUUUAUUGGAGACCUUUUUAUUUAUUUAUUUUUUUCAAUAAUUAUUAUAUUUAUCUCUUUCGCCCUGCUCCAAAUAGUUUUUGGGGAUCUGGAGAGACGGGUAUGAUUUUAAAGAUUCUGGUCGCAUUUGGAAUGGCUCAAAGCGUAGAGACGCGAGUUAGAACAUCAAGCUUUGCGCUCUAACAAUGAAGGCCAUUCUACUUUACCGUUAGGAUUUCUCUGAAAAUUGGCUGCUUCAUACCCUUAUUUCUGGAAAAAUAGGAUGUUUUGCAGGUUGAAACUUCAGAAUGUAUUUCUGGUAUAUCAAGGGGUGUUAAGGCCAGUUUUCAGUGAAUUCCCAACCAAAAAGGAAAAUGACCUUCCUUGUAAGUGUUGCUGACUCUGAUCAAAACCAGCGCAAAUCGUUAUGUGGUCGGGAGGACCUUUCUAUCAACAGCUUUGUGGCCGUUGUGUGUUGAGACAUUCCCAAUGCGGCCAAGGUAUAUGAAGAUAUAAAGGCGAGGCAAACUGACUGAAUAGUCAAUUCUUCUCUGAGGGAUACUUCCGAAAAAAAAACAUUUUAGAAAUGAUAAGUUUUCUGAAGUCUCUUUCUCAAUGGAGGAAAACUGAAAGGCGAUAUAAAUAAAAACGUCGUGUUGCGUACGCGACGCGGCUUUUGGGGGGGAUCUCGACGUCAAACGGGAAUUUUCCCUUUUUUUGAUAGUUUUAUGGACAAUUUUUUAAUUUUCUAUGGUUUCGAAAUGUCAGUCGGUUGAAUGAAAGUAAAAAAUAAUCUUCAUUUUUUCAAGAUUGCGAUCACGAGUUUUCGGACAAAAAAAAGCAAUCUUUCAUGUCUAUCUCGUCUUUCAAGUCGCAACGAAUUCACUAUAAAAAUAGCAAAAUCCAAAAAAACCUUCUGCUUGAAGAUAUUCCACUGCGCACAAACUCGUUGACGUCGACCCUCGACAGUCAGGUGACCUCACCCCUCUCGAUUACUUCGGCCGUCAGUCGGACCAAUCCAACAGACAAGCCUGAAGUCGCCAUCACGAUCCUCCUCGUCGAUCGGCAGCAUGUCGCCUUCGAGACCAAAUAUGCCAAGGUAACAAGGAAGUUCAGAAACUCGGUCCACAGUAAUGCAAACCGGACAUGCCCCGGAAGUUUCGGAGCAUUUUAGUGACCACGACUCUUAAGAAUUGCUCAGAAGCAUCCGGGACGCUACCGAGAUCCGAGAAAAAAAAUGUGCGACUUCUCCAUAGAGCAACUUUACUGCAAAGCACGCUUUUAA